UUUGGCCGACGUCUCGCCGACAGCGGCCAAUGAGAAGGAGCUGGAGCCAGACACCGCCAAGAUCAGAUUGGGAGUCCCGCUGCAGCAGCGAGGCUAGCGGCGAGAGUACACACAAGCCGCUAACGUCACCUGCUAACUUGUGGAGCCGGAUUUAGACCUCCUCUUCCUCCGCUCUCUAACGCCAACAACAACAGCCGUCGAAGAAUCAGCAAUAGUGUCCUCGUAAGUGCACAUCAUCUCUCCCGCAGCUUCUCUUUCAAACGCAGUUACGUGCCCACGCCGGUGUCGGACGGUGGUCUCCGGGUCUGACUAGUGACACACAAGAUAAAUAGACCUUUCCAACAAAGGCUCAACCUUCUCGGUCCUUUGGGAUCAUGGCUAAAGAUGCCAGUCUAAUAGAAACGAAUGGAGAGCUGAAGGUUUUCAUUGAUCAGAAUCUGAGCCCCAGUAAUAAAGGUGUCCUGUCUUUGGUCGCUGUCCAGCCUGCAACUGCCCCCUUGGCCAAACAGCUCCUACCCAAAACACUUGGGCCAUCCAAUGUGAAUAUUGCUGCACACAUGCAACAUAUACCACACAUGGUGAUUGGAACACCUCAGAGAGCGACGGUAUCCAAUACUAUACUGGUCAAUAGUCCACACACGCCCAACUCCCAGUUCCUCACGCAAUCUCAAACUUCGGACGCCUCCCCUUGGUCGUCAGGUAAACGUGGCAAGAAAGGGGAGAAGAAUGGGAAAGGGUUGAGGCAUUUCUCCAUGAAAGUGUGCGAGAAGGUGCAGAAAAAGGGAGUCACAACUUACAAUGAAGUGGCAGACGAACUGGUGGCAGAAUUCAGCUCAGGCGACAACCACAUGUCACCAAAUGACUCACAUGUGUAUGACCAGAAGAACAUUCGGCGGCGUGUGUACGACGCCCUCAACGUCCUCAUGGCCAUGAACAUAAUCUCCAAAGAAAAGAAAGAAAUCAAGUGGAUCGGCCUGCCCACUAACUCUGCACAGGAGUGCCAAAACCUUGAGGUGGAGCGGCAGAAGCGGCUAGAGAGGAUAAAACAGAAACAAUCCCAGCUUCAGGAGCUCAUACUACAGCAAAUAGCGUUCAAAAACCUGGUGCAAAGGAACAAACAGAGCGAGCAGCAAGCAAACAGACCUCCACCCCCCAAUUCCAUCAUCCACCUCCCCUUCAUCAUUGUCAACACAAGCAAGAAAACUGUCAUCGACUGCAGCAUCUCCAAUGACAAGUUCGAGUAUUUGUUCAACUUUGACAGCAUGUUUGAGAUCCACGAUGACAUUGAGGUGCUAAAGCGUAUGGGCAUGGCUUGUGGUUUGGAGGUGGGCAAGUGCUCUCCGGAUGAUUUAAAGGUGGCACGCAGCCUGGUGCCAAAAGCUCUGGAGCCCUAUGUUGUUGAGAUGUCGAAGGGUCCCAUCAGUAACGUCUACAUCACUGGAGCGUCGUCUGCUAAUGGAGCCCGUUACACAAACAGUGAUGGUGGCCCUGACGGCACCAUGGCCUCCAGCUCUAACGACUCCCACUACAGCGGCUCCCGUGUGGAGACCCCGGUGUCUUACAUGGGCGAUGACGACGACGAAGAUGAGUACGACGAGAACGAUGACGAAGAUUAACCUGUCUGCACCUCACCAUUCCAAUAAGCACAGUUUCUCAAAUCGCCGCCACCUUGGGAACGAAGUCCUGCUUCCCCCGUUUCUCUCUCUCUCUCUCUCCCACACCCGACCCCUUCCCCCACGGCUUUUUUUUUGUCUGGCUUUCUCAGGGUUGGAGAUGAGUAUAGAAAGAAUGGGGUGUGCUUGUCUGCCCCCUUUCUCCAAAAUCACUUGUACACGCACCGCAGCUUUGAAGGUUUCGUUAUGGGAACUGUAACACCUGGCCUCACCUCAAAACUGAAGUCUGAGUGUGUUUAAGUCAUUGUUCAAUAAGCCAUCCCACAAAAACAAAAAAAAACCCUACUGCUGUUGGAGAAUUGAAAAAAAAGUUUUGCAAUAUGUUACCGUUCCUGCGAGCAAAAGGCUGAUCUACAAUGUUCAAAGACGGCCAAAGUGUCUGCUUGAACUUGCUGCCAUGACUUCUCAGUGGCAUCCUAUGAUGCAGCCCCAUCAUGUGUGUGGAUUCCUUUUCUUUGGUUCUGGGCAAUAGUUUGGAAUGAUUAUUCCAUUCCUCAUUCUGUUGGGCUGGCUGGCUUCCUUCUGUUUUGUUGGCAGCUGCUUUCCUUAUCUUAUUUGCUAGUUUCUUCUUCUUAUUUUUUUUUUUUGUAUCUUUUUGUUUCUUUUCUUCCAUGCCAGAGUUGAAUUCUCAUUCAGCACCCUGCCUAACACAUUGGUAGUGUUUACACAUUUAAUGGCACCAGCAAGGUAAUGACUUUCAUAACCCAGGUUCCUGAUAGGUGAAUAAGCUUUGUUGAUGAUUUGAACCCUGUUGAUGAUUGUAGCUUUAUAGUAUUCUUUUAGAGGCCAGUGGUAAAGAUACUAGACCAUCAGACAAUAUCCAUGUGACUAAUGUGUGGUUGUGUAGGUCUUUGUGUUCUCUUUUCAAAGAUCUCCCUGUUAAAACUGAGCAACACAUGUACUGACUUCUUCCAAAUACCCUUUUUCUGUAAUCUAAUAUAAGUUUUCAAAUUAAAUCUAGAUUGUUUUAAAAGGUU